AGAAACAAAUGCGUCACUUUUCUGAAGAAGACGUUAAGCCCUUCCAAUUUUAACAGAUUAUUUUUUCAACAGAGGAGAGAGACUGGGUAGGCAUUACCUGCCCCAGGAGCUUCCGUACAAGAUGGCGUUGCCCGUUCCCACACCCCAGCUGGGAUUACGUCCUCCAGGCCUGCCGCAGGAACGGAAGUGGUUACGGCCCUAGUGAAUCCGGGUGGGUGCGCGCUGACUGCCGCACAGGUUCCAGCACUUUACCGUGAGCCCGCUGCAGGUGUGCGGCCCAGUCCGAGACAGCAGAUUGUGGGAUUAGUGAUAUGCUUUUCUAAAGAGCAGAAAAGUUGAAGAUGUCUAGACAGAACUUUGUGGCUUUGACAGUGACUACCCUUCUGGGUGUGGCUGUAGGGGGGUUUGUCCUCUGGAAAGGCAUCCAGCGCCGCCGAAGGAGUAAAACGAGCCCUGUGACCCCACAGCCACAGCAGAAAGUGCUGGGCAGUAGAGAGCUGCCCCCUCCAGAAGAUGAUCAGCUGCACUCCAGUGCCCCCAGAUCCUCGUGGGAGGAACGGAUCCUUAAAGCAAAGGUGGUGACGGUGUCUCAGGAGGCAGAGUGGGAUCAAAUCGAGCCCUUGCUUAGAAGUGAAUUAGAAGAUUUUCCAGUACUUGGAAUUGACUGUGAGUGGGUAAAUUUGGAAGGCAAAGCCAGCCCUCUGUCACUUCUACAAAUGGCCUCCCCAAGUGGCCUCUGUGUCUUGAUUCGCUUGCCUAAGCUAAUCUGUGGAGGAAAAACACUACCAAGAACAUUACUGAAUAUUUUGGCAGAUGGCACCAUUUUGAAAGUUGGAGUGGGAUGCUCAGAAGAUGCCAGCAAGCUUCUGCAGGAUUAUGGCCUCGUUGUUAGGGGGUGCCUGGACCUCCGAUACCUAGCCAUGCGGCAGAGAAACAAUUUGCUCUGUAAUGGGCUUAGCCUGAAAUCCCUCGCUGAGACUGUUUUGAACUUUCCCCUUGACAAGUCCCUUCUACUUCGUUGCAGCAACUGGGAUGCUGAGACUCUUACAGAGGACCAGGUAAUUUAUGCUGCCAGGGAUGCCCAGAUUUCAGUGGCUCUCUUUCUUCAUCUUCUUGGAUACCCUUUCUCUAGGAAUUCACCUGGAGAAAAAAACGAUGACCACAGUAGCUGGAGAAAAGUCUUGGAAAAAUGCCAGGGUGUGGUGGACAUCCCAUUUCGAAGCAAAGGAAUGAGCAGAUUGGGAGAAGAGGUUAAUGGGGAAGCAACAGAAUCUCAGCAGAAGCCAAAACAUAAGAAGUCUAAGAUGGAUGGGAUGGUGCCAGGCAACCACCAAGGGAGAGACCCCAGAAAACAUAAAAGAAAGCCCCUAGGGGUGGGCUAUUCUGCCAGAAAAUCACCUCUUUAUGAUAACUGCUUUCUCCAUGCCCCUGAUGGACAGCCCCUCUGCACUUGUGAUAGAAGAAAAGCUCAAUGGUACCUGGACAAAGGCAUUGGUGAGCUGGUGAGUGAAGAGCCCUUUGUGGUGAAGCUACGGUUUGAACCUGCAGGAAGGCCCGAAUCUCCUGGAGACUAUUACUUGAUGGUUAAAGAGAACCUGUGUGUAGUGUGUGGCAAGAGAGACUCCUACAUUCGGAAGAACGUGAUUCCACAUGAGUACCGGAAGCACUUCCCCAUCGAGAUGAAGGACCACAACUCCCACGAUGUGCUGCUGCUCUGCACUUCCUGCCAUGCCAUUUCCAACUACUAUGACAACCAUCUGAAGCAACAGCUGGCCAAGGAAUUCCAGGCCCCCAUUGGCUCUGAGGAGGGCUUGCGCCUGCUGGAAGAUCCUGAGCGUCGGCAGGUGCGUUCUGGGGCCAGGGCCCUACUCAACGCGGAGAGCCUGCCUGCUCAUCGAAAGGAGGAGCUGCUGCAAGCACUCAGAGAGUUUUAUAACACAGACACGGUCACAGAGGAGAUGCUUCAAGAGGCUGCCAGCCUGGAGACCAGAAUCUCCAAUGAAAACUAUGUUCCUCAUGGGCUGAAGGUGGUGCAGUGUCACAGCCAGGGUGGGCUGCGCUCCCUCAUGCAGCUGGAGAGCCGCUGGCGUCAGCACUUCCUGGACUCCAUGCAGCCCAAGCACCUGCCCCAGCAGUGGUCAGUGGACCACAACCAUCAGAAGCUGCUCCGGAAAUUCGGGGAAGAUCUUCCCAUCCAGCUGUCGUGAUAGCUGCUUUCCUCCCGGUUAGGACAGGUGGAAAGCUGGAGCCAAGGUUGAAGAGUCACCUCUUCCCAUUUUAAUACAUCAUUAAUUGUCAAAACCUGGGUGACAUGAAUCAGAAUACUAACCUAGACUAAUCCUAGGAUGCUUCUGCUGGAGCAAAGAUACUGUUUGAAGGAGAGUUUAUGGUUUUGGAUUUUAAGCGGGCAGGGUCUUUUAUCCUCUCUUAUUUUUGUGCACAAGAGAGGCCUUGGCCUUUAUUUUUACUCUCCCUCUUCUGCUAUCCCUGUGCAGAGGAAAAAUGAAGAAUUCUCCCAGAAGUGACUUGUCAAGACUUUCAAAAAAUGUUUUUAAUGCAUUUCUUCCUUGUCUGGUGCCUCAGUUUAUCUCUAACAGGGGCUGUCCAGUAUAUCAGUCCCGUUAAGAGGGAAGAAAAAGUUCUUCCAAAGGCUGGAGAAGUGAGCAAGGAGUCAAAUUUAUUUUCCCAGUUCAACGUCAUCAUUAUCAUUUAUUUGGCUUCAUGCUCUCCCAUAACUCAUGUAAUUGAGAUCCAUCCCAUCUGGGUCACUUCAGUCUACUUCACAUACUUGAAAAGGCUUUCCUUUACACAUUCAGGACCAAACAGCGAAUUCCUGCCACGUGCUUCCACCCUAUCACUGGAAGAAAUCCUUUUCUGGAAAUGAGCCUUUGACCAGGGUGGGGCAGAAAGAACCACAAACUCCAUCUCCUAAUAGAACUUUGAAAUUCACUCAGCUUUUCCUUUCAUGCUGUUUGUUGCCUGCUUGUUGCACUUCUCCUGCCUCAGAACUGCAAGAUUUUUAGCUUCACCACUUUCUGAGGGGAAUGUUAUCUUUUAUCCGAAUCAGUAUCAGUUUCCCUAUAUUCUGUGCUUCAUCGAAUUUGCAAGACUGACCUCUUUUAAGCAUUUAAUUCACUCCCAGAGUCAUCUGGUCAGGUUGCAAUAUGAGGACUUCUCUGUCUCCUCUGAAGCCUAGGACACCGAGGUUACUUAAUACAUCAGAUGUUCAAAAGAGGAGUGUUGUUUCAUCUUUCAAAAUGUUAGGCCAUCACUUUGAGUAUAAAAUUGACUUAUUAAUGAUUAGUAUUUUUUGUAAAGUAUUAGGAAAACUUUCUUAUUUUAUAAGAUCUUAACAAGCUUAAAAAAGAAUUUUAUGACCAGAAUCCAACAAGAGCUCUAUUUUGGAAUUGUGCCCAAGUUGGUGAUGUUUGCUCUAAAAUUGAUAAAUAAAACUUCUUGUAAGCACAAGG